AUGAAUACGCUUGUCUCACCUCCGCGGAACGGCAGCCGCAUGCCCCAGCCUGUUCAGGCCCACGAUGGGCGCGGCGCUCUGCCCCGCCGCUUCACCACCGAUUCGGGGCGUGUACCAACAUUGUCGUCUAUUACCAACCAGCGCGGCCCUGAGAUGGGCAAUGAUUACAAUAUUGAGAAGAAGAAGCUCGAAUACGAAAGACUCCGAGAGCAGAGACGCCGAUUCGAACUCGAGAUGCAGAAGCUGGAGCAGGCGCAGCGGCGCGAGGAGAUGGAGCUUGCCAAGAUGCAGGAUGACCUGCGCCAGGGUCACCAGUCGGAACCGACGACGCCUCCCGAAUACCACGAGUCGUCUGGCUUCCCCACGAUGUUCUCACGCCCGAACCGUUACUCGACGUCCAGCCUGACCUCUCCCCCGGGCCUGUUCAACCGUCCCGGCCGCUCGGGAUCGCAGCUCACCUCUCCUCAAGCAACUCUGAUGCAGCAGUCUCGCUUCAGCUUUGAUGAGCAUCUCCCGUCCCGGUCCGUCCCCGGCUCUCGAAGAAACAGCGACGAAGACGAGAAGGAGGAAGCUGUGCGUCAGGACCCGACCAGCCAUCGGUCCUCUAAUGCGUAA